ACGUCAACAUUUACUAAAGUAUUUAAAGACUAAGAAUCAUCCCACCACCGUUUUCGUAAGAGGGGUCUAAAGCUUUAGUCCCUGAGAUUCAAACAAAACCCCGCCUCAGCAAAGUCUUUGAUAAAGAUUCACACCCCGUCAUCGCAAGCGAGUGUGAUUGGACUAGGCUCAACAUUGCUGUGAAAAGUAAUAAGAUACACGUGACUAUGGCGUCAAUAUGCAGCUUUAUCCGCAAACUAAUGGACAUUUUUUGACAACAUCGGGCAGUUUAAUGGACACUGAGUUAAAGGCUUACAGUAAAGAGUUCAAAAAGAAAAAGUUUUAUUUUCACCAUUCGCAGCUGACCAAUUAGAAACUAGACUCAGUCCACCAAGCCCCGCCCAUUAUGGGAGUUAUUAUGGUUUGCGUUUCUGUCAGAAUGGAUUCUGCUUUUGCAGAAAACAUCAGUCCGAAUCUUUUUAAUGAAUAAUUCGUUAUGGUUUGUUAGGGAGAUUUUUUAUUUCCGUGAUGACAUCGUGGAUUGAAUCAUUACAGUUCGAAUCGGAAGAUUGUCGGUGACAGGCAUCGGCCAGAAGCGAAUACAGCCCAAUAUUUAUUUGAAUGCUGAGACCAGCAACUCAGGACCGCUCCACCGAUGGGUUGGGUAAAGAUGGAUGUCAAGCGGACUGUUUUGUUCUGUUUCCUGUGUUUUGCAAUCUCGGUUAACGGGAGCAGGAGGAGACCCACGCGCUGUCCCGCAUCAUGUACCUGCAGUAAAGAUAACGCCUUAUGUGCCAAUACUGAAUCAAUACCGAAGAGCUUUCCACAAGAUGUCAUCUCACUAUCAUUUGUGAAGUCUGGUUUCAAUGAAGUCCCUAAAGAGAGUUUUGUCAACACACCAGCUCUCCAUCUUCUUCUUUUCACAGCAAACACAUUUGACUCUGUAAAUGAAGAUGCGUUUCAUGGACUUCCUCAUUUGGAAUAUCUAUUCAUUGAAAACAACCAAAUUAAGUCCAUAUCCCCUUUUGCCUUCAGAGGGCUCAAAUCUUUAGUUCACUUAAGCCUGGCUUACAAUAAUUUGGAGACGCUACCAAAAGAUCUUUUCAAAGGAUUGGAAGCUUUGACUAAAGUGGAUCUCAGAGGAAAUCUCUUCAGCUGUGACUGUAAAUUAAAGUGGUUUGUUGAUUGGAUGUAUCUUACGAAUGCAACUGUGGAUCAGAUCUACUGUAAUGGCCCUGAAGCUUACAAGGGCAAGAAAAUCAAUGACCUUGUGUCCAAGUCAUUUGAUUGCAUAACAACAGAUUUUUCAUUGCUGAAGUCUCUUGAAUUUCAGUCAGUUUCAAUCGAAGCGUUUGCGUUUGGUGGUGACCAAUAUGUGGUAUUCGCCCAGCCAUUCAUUGGCCAGUGCAGUUUUAUGGAAUGGGAUCAUGUGCAAAUGGAGUUCCGAAACUUCGAUAACAUCACAAGCACCUCCUCCGUUAUCUGCAAACCUCUAAUCAUUGAUAGUCAACUCUUCAUUAUCGUAGCUCAACUGUUUGGUGGUUCGCACAUCUUCAAGAGAGAUGUCUCAGCAAACAAAUUCAUCAAAAUCCAAGACAUAGACAUUUUGAAAAUCAGAAAGCCGAAUGAUGUGGAAAUCUUCCAGAUUGACGGAGAGUCUUUCUUUAUCAUCGCCGAUAGCUCUAAAGCCGGCUCGACAACGGUUUACAAAUGGAAUGGAAAUGGCUUUUACUCUCAUCAGUCCUUGCAUGCUUGGCACCGUGACACUGAUGUGGAGUAUUUAGAGAUCUCUGGGAAGCCUCAUCUGAUUUUGUCCAGCAGCUCUCAAAGGCCGGUCAUUUACCAGUGGAACAAAAGCGUCAAGCAGUUCGAACGGCGUACUGACAUUCCAGAGAUGGAGGACGUGUACGCGGUGAAACAUUUCACCGUGAAGAGUGAGCUGUACAUAUGUCUAACACGCUUCAUUGGUGACUCGAAGGUGAUGAGAUGGGAUGGCGGCAUGUUCAGCGAGAUCCAGACUAUGGCCUCCCGUGGAUCCAUGGUCUUUCAGCCAUUCUCCAUAGCAAAGUGGCAGUACGCCAUCCUGGGCAGCGAUUACGCUUUCAAUCGGGUCUAUCGCUGGGAUGUUAAGAAAAGCCAAUUCAUUAGCUUCCAAGAACUCAAUAUUCAAGCACCCAGGGCUUUUUCUCUGGUGUUUAUUGACAGCAGGGAACUCCUUAUUGGCUCUAGUUUUAAGGGGCAAACACGUAUAUAUGAACAUCUUGUCCUUGACUUAAGUAGCUGAUUGGGGACUGAUGAGGAUACCGAUAACUCAGCGUUUGGGUGAAUCUCAUGAAACCUGCGAUGAAUAUGUUCAUAAUUAUAGUUAACGCUUAAACUAAUGAAAGAAACAAAGCAUUCUAUUUUACUUACAGAAAACAAAGCCUGUGUUUGGCAUUACCGUAAUUACAAUUAAGCUUUCAAACAUCCAGUUCUUUAUACUGCAUGCACACAUCUUGUUCUUUUUACUGUAUUGUGAAAAAUACUAUACUGUAUUUUAGGGAUGCACCAAUAGGAUUUGUUUGGGCCGAUGCCGAUUUAAACAGACAACUUCUGGCCGAUGCCGAUACCGAUAUUAAACACUUGUAUACAAUACUAUACAGUUGGUCUAUUAGCUAGUUUAUUUCUGCAUCAAAUUAUUUUUACUGAACAUGGAUUGGAUCUAAUUAACAUUCAACUGACCAACAUAAUAAGAGAGGCACAAAUAAAGCUAAAACAAAUAUAAUAAGACAGCAUAACAACCUUCAAAGGUGGUUUUUGCUAUUCAGCAUUUAUUUGAUAAACAACAUUAACUCAUUUUUGACAUAUAAUGGAUUUCUUUAUGCAGUUAAUUGAUAAACAAUUGGUAUCGGCCUUUCUCGUGCUUUUGCCGAUAUGCCGAUGGUUUCAAAUUCAUCAAAAAUCGGCCGAUACAUCGGUGCAUCACUACUGUAUUUACAUUAUGGUAGUAUUUGCUGCACUACUUAGGCUGAUUUAAAUGAAAUGUAUAACAAUACAAGAAAAGGCUACUGUCUGCAUUGCAUUCAUUUUCAUACAAAUACAAAUCUUGUAUUACAUCAUAGCAUGAAGAUGACUACCGUUUAUUAGGUAUCACUAUUGACGUUCUGUCAGUUUUUAUGAAAUUUCUUACUUUUUUAUUUCUGUUGUAUUUUUACCUUGUGACUACUGCAAUUACUUUUAUAAAAUACUUCUACAAAUCUGUUUAUUAUUGUGUUUUGGACCAGUGAAUCUGUUUUUCUGCUCUGGUAGAUAUUUUAUAUGCAAAUUUUAAGUACACUGACACUUUUUGACUUGUGUGUAGUGUUACUUUUUAGCAUUGCAUGUUUGUUUUUAACUCAACCAUUUUUUUUCAACAACAAAAAUUAGUUUGAAGACAAAGAGAUUGAAUGUUGUUAUGUUGGAUAACGUUGUGCUUGCAGUUUCAUGCCUACAUUUUUGGCAACACUUUAUUAGUGAAAACAGAACUAAAUUUAAAUAAAGACUUAAUCAUGUCA